CUUCCGCCCACCGACCCAUUUCACCUCGUGAAAAAGAAACAUUUUAGUGGGGUUGUUUGUUGUGUGCGUUCUUGAAAAGCAAUCAUCAAAAUGGCCAGUGCUAAGCCUGGAAUGACUCGUGAUGGAACGAUGCAGGUGACUGCAAAGGAGGGUAUAGCGCUGUUGAAGGCAUCAGGCAAAGACACUCUUUUGGAGAUGCAGGGACUUAAGGAUGGUGAGAAGCCCCCAGUGAAGAAAGCUGGCACCAUGGAGGCAACUGCCAAGGAAGGCCUAAGUCUGCUGGAGGGUACAAGUCUUGACCCAGACGCCGCAACACGGGGCCAGCAAAAGAAGCUGGAUGCCAUUGGUGAGGAGGAUGCUCCACCUACCAAGAAACCACGCAUGUCAAAGGCCACUACCAUGGUCAACACAGCCAAGGAAGCCAAGGAUCUUCUUGGUGCCGCAGCCCCCGACUCGGACGCCAUGACACGUGGACAGCAGAAGAAAAUUGAAGAAAUUCAAUCAGAGAAACCGUCACCUAAGAAACCUAAACUUUCAAAAAACACUACAAUGGCAGCUACCGCAAAGGAGGGGUCAGCCCUAGUUGCUGGUGAAAAACUCGGGGACACACGACAAGACACAAAGAAAAAGGCUGCGAAACCAUCACCUAUAAAGAAACACACGACUAUUCAGAAAACCCUGGAAGAGGCCAAGUAUGUUGUGGAUGAUGUUGAUGUGACUGAAGGUCGUAGGCUGCGGUCAACAGGCAAGCCAAAGCCUGCACCAGCUCCUGCAAAACUGAAAAAAGCGGGAACCAUGCAGAAGACAGCCAAGGAGGGAAAAGAAUUCUUGAAAAGGGGCAAGACGCCAAAAAAGCAAGAGGUUGAUGAGGAAGAGGAGGAAGAUGUGGAAUAGAUUAGAUCUAAGUAAAGCUUGGCUUAUUUAUGUCAGUGUUUACUUAGCUCAACUAAGCAAAUCUUGGCCUAUAUAAAGCUUAGGCCAUAUAUUAUAAGCUAAUCUUAAGAAAUGGAUGAUGAUAGGUGUUCUUGUUGUUAGGGUGAAAAUGAAUAACAGUGAAAAAGACACUGGAAAAAAAUAAUCUGUGUGACAUGUAGAUGACAAAAGUGUAUUCAAAGACCUAUCACAGCGAUUUAUUCACUUUGUUGUAAUUUUUAUAUCAUGUUUAAUGAGUUUUUGCUUAUUUCAUAGUUUUAUUUUGUUCUGUGUUCAUGUUUAAUACCAUUAUGAAACUGUUUAAGAAUAUUUUGUUAUGAAUGACAUCUUCAAGAUUAUUAAUUAAAUUGCUUAUUGUAAUUCACCUUAGUUUUAAAGCUUUUUAAUUCACUUUAAUAAGAAAAGUCCUUCAUAUUCUUUUAAAUUUUGUGUUCCCUCCAUAUUGAUAUUGUUUUAAUUUUAGUUUUUAAUAUUUUACAAUUUCUAAACUGGCGUGAAAUCCCUAAUCCAUGGAUUUGUUUUCAAGUAUCGUUGCUUUGUAAAAAAAAUGUGCAAUUUGUUGUUAUAAAUAAUAUUUAGGGCGUUCAAGACAUUCAAAGUCAUUCUCAUCGUAAUUUCAUUAUUUGAAUGUAUAAUAUGAACAGUUCUCUUAUAAAGGCAUUAUGGGUGAAAUUAAGUGGGUUUUUUUACACAUGAGCAGAUUAUGAAAGCAUUUAUUUCAAAAUGCUGAACAACUACAGUAACCCUUGGCGUGGGGUUAAAGCUUUAUGUGCUCCUAAAUUAAACAUCACUUAGAUCUCUACCACUCUUCUGCCCACUAAUAUGUAUAUACAUGUAUGUCCACCUGUGGAACUGGACACGUUCAAUUUUUAUGUAUGUACAUGUAUAUCAACCCGCAGGACUGGAAACCUUUAUUACAAACAUGGCAGCAUUCUCACUAUUUAUAAAGACAAUGCAAUUUUGUAUGAAUCCAUUUGUUCAUUAUACAUGUGAUUCAGUUCCACAAACUUGACAAACAUUUCCUGUUUUGACCAAUGUUUGUGAACAUUUAUUUUUGUUAGUACAUGAGGUUAACAUGUCUUGGUUCUGACUUUUUGUUGCUGUGACGCUUGAUUAACAUUAUCAUAAAAAACAAACAAUAACUCGAUAAACCGGCAGCUGUUAUAAGACUGAGGAAUUAAGGAGGCACAAAAAAUGAUGUUUGAAGAAUUUGUAAUGUUACACACUGGUUGUGAAAUGCACUUUUUUUAAUUCUAUGUACGACUGUGAUGGGUUUUAUCUUGACUGUGAUUUUAUUCCAUCUUGUACAGCUUUAUCAAUUCAACUAGCAGUAUUUGUGUUGCUGUUGCGAACACUCUCUGUAAUGCCAAGGGAACUAGUGUGACGCACAUUGAAGCCAAAAAAUAAACGGACCCUGUUCAAAGGUUUUAAAAACAAGGCUUCCAGACUGACUCUAAAAGGACACCUUAAGGAGGAUUUUUUUUUUUAUAAAAAAAAAAAAAAUCGAGCCAUGCUUCAAGUAAUUUUUAUGAGGUUGAACUAAGGUCACAUAGUAGGUUAUAGGAAAAUUUAAGUUUCAAUUAGCAUAUUUAUACUGUAUAUUUGUGACACAGGGAAUGUCAGAAUUGAUGUUUUGUAUAAAGCUGUACAGAGGAAGGACAUGUAUAGUGUAAACCAUGUACAUGUUGGUGGUAGAUUUCCAAAAUCAGCUCUAUGAUUUAUUUACUAUAGUCAUCACUACGUAAAUACCUAGUACAUAUCUGCAGUCUUAAUAAAAAGUCAUAUAUAUUUCAUUUUAUGGAGAAGUUUAAAAACAAUCAUGUUUUAAACUUUUAAGAUGUGUAUGUUCACUUGAUUUAGGGAUAUUAGUGAUGUCCAUAACUGUUGUUAUUCCUGAUGGACUAGUUUUCAUCUUUAUACCAUAUUUCCGAUGAAUGUAUUCAAACACAUUUCCAUCUGUAGAUUUAAUCAUUUUAAGUAUUGAAUAAAAUUUCAUGUUUUGUCAA